AUAACUUGAUGAGAAAGUAUUUUAUUAUUUUUCUUUUGUAGUUUUGCAAGUAUUUGCUGAAUUGGUCUGCGCUUCUGCCUAAUGUCUGUAUUACCUCGAGGUUACGAAUGCUGCCGGCCGUGUCCUAGGUACGGCUGCGUACGCGGCGAGUACAGCAUCUACUACAAACGGCCGCGCUACGGGCAGCCCCGCCCUCAGCCGUUCACAAGGGAGUGUGCCUGUUACUGCAGUGGACCCACUAACGCUCCAAUGGAACAGCCAUGCCGCUACGACAUGCCAUGCAAGGCGCACUGCUUCAAUCACGGCGCGUGCACGCGGCCCAGCGGACGCUACGCCCGCACCGUGUGGUACCCUGGCGAGUGCUGCCCCGCCGUCUCCCCCUGCCAGACCUUCACCUGUCCCAGCCCGCCCUACCAUCCGUGCUGCUUCCAGACGUGCAAUAAGUUCUGAGCCCUACCUAUACGGGCUGAGCAUUGUGAAGUGAUUUAUGAUAUGCGUCUGUCUGCUGCUUCUUGACGUGCAAUCAGUUUUGAUAGGUCCUGCCUAUACGGGCUGAGCAUUAUGAGGUGAUGUCGUGCUUGCAUAUGGGUCCUAUCUACAAGGGCUGAGUAUUGUUCGGAGAUGUGCGUCUGUAGCGUUGGACAACGUUUACAGAAAUAUGAAAUCCAGUUUCGUGUGACUAUUGAGUUUUGCAACUUAUUAUGAUUUGAAAUAUAUGUUUGUUUUUGGGUAUUUAAAUACCUGACUAACA